AUGGGGCCAACAGACCGCCCCAGGCGGACCAAAACCAAAUAUCUCCCUCCUGCCAACCAAAUCUCGGACAGUCCCGCCGAGUCCUCUAAUGCCCAAGCACAGGCUCUUGCUGAAAGAGAGAAGGAGAGGGCUCGUGUCCAAAAAAAUGAAGAGGCCUAUCUCAAGGAAAAAGAAUAUCUCCGUCUCGCAAGACUCGAAGAGGCCCGUAUUAAAAAAAAUGAGAGUUCUCGCAAGAGCUAUCGGAAAAGGAGAGAAACCGAUGCUCUUACUAGAUUGGCCGAAAAAGAGACAACAACCAACGAAGAGAUGGUGAGCAACGAUGCCUCUCCCACUCCGGAUACCGAGAACAAUAAGCUGGGCGAGGUGAAAGAACCGGGGGAGAAAAGCGAAGUGGAGGUGAAUGAAGCAAAGGUGGACGAAGAGAAGGGGAAGGAGAAAGAGGGAGAGAAAGAAGAAGAGAAAGGUGGAGAGAAAGAAGGGGAUAUUCCAGAGGAGAAGAGGGAGCUUACAGAAGAAGAAGCCCUGGUCCAACGAAAUGAAGCGCGUUGGCUGGCAAAAUUAAAACGAAAUGAGCAAUGCCGGGCUGACAAAGAGAACGCCACCAUUGCACGCCUACGAGGUGAAUAUAAUCGGCUUAAAAUAGAGUUAGACGUGGGCGAAGAAUCUAUUGAAGUAGAAGCUGGCGAAGAAGGAGAGUCUUUCACCCAACAAUCUCCCAUCCAAGAAUCUCCCACUCCAGAGUUAUCCAUCCCAGAUUUCUCUACUGAUUCUCCUGCCGAGAGGCUGGAGGACCUGCCCAGACACAAGAGAAGAGUGGCCAAAUACACGAGGGAGUACACACCUAAGGAGCUGCGGCUACGGACAGUUCAUUCCGAGAUUCGUUGGCUACUCAGCAUUCAGCGUGCCCGUGAGGAGCGACAUAAACAAAGAGCAAUCGAGAUCGCCGAUGGGCGGCGCGAUUCUAGGGGAAGGUCCCUUUGGUAUCCAGAGAAGCUCAAACAACUGAGAUUGGAAGUCAAAGCCAGGGAAAUGGCCGAAUCUUCACAGCAAUCCCCAGACCAGGAGUCCCCGGCACCAGAUUCCCCAGCUCAAGAUUCCCCAGCUCAAGAGUCCCCCAUCGAUAAAACUCCUAUAUUCCAGAUGCCGGAGAAAGGGAAGCCCGAGACAAAAGUAGCUCAAUACAAGAGGACGUUGACACCGGAGCAGCUGAUCCUCUACGAAGAAAGACGUCAGAUCGAGAAUGAGAGGCAACGAAAGCAGCGACAAGAGCAGAAGGACAUCGAGAUCGCUAAUGGACAGCGCGACGCUAGAGGAAAGCUCCUGUGGUGGCCAGAGAAGGUCAAAAAAAGAGCAGCCAUGGAGGCUGAGGCUAGAGAAAGAGAAGAAGCCGAAUCCUCUAAUCAGGGGCCUCCAAACGAAGAACCCCCAGCCCCGGAGUCUCCCAUCGAUGACACUUCUCUAUUCCAGAUGCCGAAAGAAAAACCCGAAUCAAAACUAGCUCAAUAUAAGAGUACUUUGACGCCGGAGCAACUAGCCCGUUUUAACGAAAAACGUGAAACCUCCAAUGAGAGGCAACGAAAGAAGCGACAAGAACAAAAGGAAAUUGAGAUCGCUAAUGGACAGCGCGACGCUAGGGGAAAGCUCCUGUGGUGGCCAGAGAAGCUCAAAAGAGCAGCCAUAGAGGCUGAGGCCAGAGAAAAAGGCGAAUCUUCCACUCAGAUGUCUUCAAAUCAAGACUCUCCGGACCAGGAGUCUCCCACCCCGAAUUCCCAAGAUCAAGAGUCCCCCGUCCAAGAUUCUUUGGUUCAAGAAUCUCCCGUCGAUGAAACCCCCAUCCAGAUGAUGAGUAAAGCAAAACCCGAGUCAAAAGCAGCUAAAUUGCAGCAGAGCUGGACGCCGGAACAAAUGGCCCGUUAUAAAGAAAGUCGUGAAAUCUUCAAUGGGAAACGCCGAGCGGAGAGGCAACAGCAAAAAGAGAUCGAGAUCGCCAACGGACAGCGCGACGCCAACGGAAAGCUCCUGUGGUGGUCAGAAAAGCGCAAAAGAGACGCCCUGGAGUUAGAGGAGGCUAGAAAAAGAGAGGCUUCCACUGCAGGAUCUUUAGCUGAAGGAGCUUCUACUGAGCAGGCGAAACGGUCUGCCUCCGAGGAGCUUGAAGCAGCAGAAGAGUUGAAAGAUAAACGUCUCUACAAGAAACAUAUCCAACAGCGAAACCGUCAGAUCCAGAAAGACACCGAGAUUGCCCAGGGGCAGCGUAGCGCCGACGGAAAGCUCUUGUGGUAUCCAGAAAAGCUCGUGAGAGAGGCUAUGAAAGAAGAGGAAGAUAGGAAAAGAGAGGAUUCUUUCGCACAGGGAUCUUCAACUCAGAAACCCUCUGCUCAAGAGUCCGCCACUCAGCCAUCCCCCAAUAAGGAGUCUCCCGCUCAGCAACCCGUCACCCGCAAGAGGAAAGAGUCCGUCUCCAAGGAGGAGUCAACAGCAGAGUUUGAAGAAAGACGCCUCCACAUGAACCUGAAGAAACAAGCGGAUCGCCAGAAUCAAGAAGAGAGAGAGACCGCCCGUGGACAACGCAGCGCCAACAGGACUCUCGCCCGGUCUCAAGCCAGCAUCACUAGUUCCAAUACUCUGACCCCUAACAUUGGUGUCCAGAACAAACCCCAGGCGGGCAAGAUGGAUGGGGAGGGGUACGAGAUGAUCGAGUCUUCUGAGGUCCGCAAAGAUGCUGACGUAUCUGCUGCCAUCACCGACGAACACCUACAAGCUUCUGUGAGCUCUUCCAUCUCACAAUCUGGGCCUGAUAACUCUUCAGAUGCCUGGUGGCGGGCAUUGCAGUAA